AUGGCUAAAAAAAAUCCUCAUACUAAGUUUAAAAGGAAUAGAUCUGGAUGCCUAACGUGUCGAGAUAGACAUAUAAAAUGUGAUGAAAAAAAACCCAUUUGCAAUAAUUGUCUCAGAUCAAACAGAAAAUGUUUCAGAGGCAUUAGAUUGAAUUUUACCCAAUAUACUUUUUUAAACCCACUAGAAAAUUUAACAACUGAAAAUAAAAGACAGUUGAAAUUAAACUAUAACUUAGAAAAUUUCAGAAUUUUAGAUCAUUCAAUAACUGUUGCAUCAAUUUACAAUCAUAAGAUUAAAUAUAGCAAAUACUUUCAUCUACAUUCACCUGAAGAUUUAAAAGAGUCUGAUAUUCAAUUUCAAAAUGAUAUUUAUUUCUCACAAUUGCCACUACCUACAUCUUCAAUCAAUUCAUCAGAAUUGGCUUCACAAAUUCAAAUAGCUGCAUCAAGAGAAGGGAUUAGUAGUGGCACUCAUACUAAUGAAGAAUUAUUAAUUCAAUCAAGUGUUGGUAGUGUCAAAUCAACAUCUCAAAUAUUACCUACUAAUGACCCUGAUUUAGGAAAAUAUGAUCAAAUUUUCAACUACAUGAAUUUUUUGCAACCAAAUUUAACAAACCAACCGCAUUUACAAAUUUCACAACCGAAACAACAACAACAAACAAUUUAUUCACAACCUGUUCUACAGCAUCAACAACUUCAUCAACAAUAUACACAAAAUUAUCAAGGGCAACAACAACAUUUAUUACAUUAUGAUCAACCAUAUAUACAACAAAGUAGUCUGGCCUAUUCUAAUCAACUUAAAUCUCAUCUGCCACUACCUCAUCAAACAUAUCAACAACAACAACUUGCGGCCAACCCAACUUUACAACCACCAGGCACUCUUCCUUUCGCAUUAAUUCCACAACAACAUCAGCAUUAUCAUGAAAUAUCAAACCCCGAUCAACACAUACCAAUUCUACAUCACAUUCAACCAAUUGAUCAAUCAAAUAAUUUCAAUUACACACUUAAUAUUGAGAAUCUUGUACAAAAAGAACACUACUAUUGGUUUUUGGACUUGUUUAAUGGCCAAAAAAUCUAUCAAAAUAUUAUACCAACAAUCUGUUUAAAUAAUUCAAUGAAUAAUAAAAAUUUGUUGAUGUUAAGCUUGAUGAGUUGUUCAAAGUCCUCAAAUAUUGAUAUAAUGGCAUUAACAAAUCUUCAAUCCUAUUAUUGGGAUCAAAUAAAGAAUAUAAAUUUUACCGAAAAUGAGGAUGAAGAAUUUGCCAAAACGAAUUUAGAGUUGCUUCAAAACUUUCUUAUAAGUAUUAACUUAAUAAUGUUCGGAAUUUAUCUAAGAUUUAAUAAAUUUUCAAUAAACAAUUUUUUGAAAUCCAUUUUACAAACUCAAUCAAUUUUAUUUGAAAAAGUUUUGGGAAAAGUAGAAAAUUACGUAAACUACUCAGCUUCAUUCAACUUACUAUCUAAUGUUUUCAUAACAAUAGUUCAAUCAAUUACAAUUUUAAAAUUUUUCAUUUCGAAAUCGUUUGAUUUUUCAUACGAGUUUAAACAACAAAAACUAAGAGGUUCUCUGAGGCAGCAACAAAAUAUUUAUGAACAAGUUGAUACAUCAAGUUUCAUUUCAUUAAAUAAACAUGAGAUAGCUUUAUUGGAUCAAUCAUAUUAUGAAACGACAACAAUAACACCGACAGAAACUCAAAAACUAAAAAAAUUAAUCUGGCAUUUAAUUACAAUUGAUUACAUUAUAACAAACCCACUAGAUCAAUUAAACAUAAACUCAAUUUUCACAAAUCUAAACCUGUUUAUAAUAGAUGAAUCAACACCAGAUUUAGAAAAUUUACAAUCACCACUUCGAAUACACCCAAAUGUAAUUGUUCGAACGAUUUUACAAAAUUUUUUAAUAAAAUUAAUUAAUAUGAAUCAAUCAAAUAAUUUACAAUUAUUACAAAAUUUAAAUUUGAAAUUACAAUUUUUCUUCCAAAAUUUAAAUCACUUAUUUGGUGAUAAUAAUGAUAUUAUGAUAUUUUAUUGGCAUAAAUUUUUUGAAUGGACUGAACGUUACAUAAGUUCAUAA